AUGGGAAGAUUAAAGAUCCCGGGAACCGAUAUGGCUCCGAAAGACGAAAUUGAUGGAAUGAAGUUCGAGCAGAGACAUGGAAAGGAGCGCGUUAGAGUUGGUAGAGUCUGGAGAUCAGGAAAAGAUGGCCGCCACUUCUUCGUCGAAUGGAACGUCAGCAUCAGUCUCCUCUCCGAUUGUAUUCCCGCCUACGUUCGCGCGGAUAAUUCCGAUAUCGUCGCAACUGAUACCAUGAAAAACACUGUAUAUGUGAAGGCAAAGGAGUGUUCAGAAAAGGUUUCUGUGGAGGAAUUUGCAAUUCUACUUGCCAAACACUUCACAUCAUUUUAUCCACAGGUUACAACUGCAAUCAUCAAGAUAGUGGAAAAGCCAUGGGAGCGUAUCAGCAUAUCUGGUCAACCCCAUGACCAUGGUUUUAAACUUGGAUCCGAGAAACAUACAACCCAAGUUAUUCUCACCAAAAACGGGUCUUUGCAGUUGACUUCUGGUGUUGACGGGUUGGCAUUGCUGAAGACAACAAAAUCAGGUUUUGAGGGAUUUAUACGUGACCAUAACACAAUACUGCCCGAAACACGAGAGAGGAUGCUCGCUACUGAGGUCUCUGCAUCAUGGAGAUACCAUUUUGAAUCUCUACAAAGUAUUGGCAAGGGCCCACUUGGGUUCACUGAAAAAUACCUUGAUGUGAAGAAGGUUUUAGUGGACACUUUCUUUGGUCCUCCAAAAGAGGGGGUAUACAGCCCAUCUGUUCAAGCCACUCUUUAUGACAUGGCAAAAGCUGUUCUUGCCAGAUUUCCAGAUGUAUCGUCGAUUCAGUUGAAAAUGCCAAACAUCCAUUUUCUGCCAGUUAAUUUAUCAAGCAAAGUCAAUCCAGUAAUUGUAAAGUUUGAAGAUGAUGUGUACCUACCAACAGAUGAGCCACAUGGAUCAAUUGAAGCAAGCUUGAGUCGCAUUCGGUCUAAAAUGUAGAAGUUUGAUGGUGACUUACUUGGUCUUUUUCAUUUUUCUAUUACCUUAUCUUGAAAGAUGGGAUGCUGUUUAAAAAGUAUGAUGUGUAAAUUAUGUGUACUUAAUAAUAAUAAUAAUAAUAAUAAUAAUAAUAAUAAUAAU